AUGAGGGUUCUUCCAACAAUUGGGAUCGGAAGAGCAAUCAAAACAAAGAAGUUGCAUCCGAGGUAUAUAGGACCGUUUGAGAUUCUGAGGCGAUUCUGGCUGGUGGCGUAUCAAGUAGCUUUGUCGCCUCACUUGUCUAACUUGCAUGACGUAUUCCACGUGUCACAAUUCCGUAAAUACACGUCGGAUGCGGCUUAUGUGUUAGAGCCUGAGUCAGUCGAGUUGAGGGAGAACUUGACAUUUCAAGUCACGCUAGUGUGUAUUAACGACACUAGUGUGAAGAAACUGAGAGGAAAGGAAGUUUCAUUAGUUAAAGUUGCUUGGAAGCGGGCAGGAGUUGAAGAACAUACUUGGGAUUUGGAGUCCGAGAUGCGGAAGGAUUACCCCGAGCUAUUCUCAGGUAAUCACUAA